GGCGGCGCGGCCGGCCUCUUCGCCAAGCAGGUGCAGAAGAAGUUCAGCAGGGCCCAGGAGAAGGUACUGCAGAAGUUGGGGAAAACGGUGGAAACCAAAGAUGAACGGUUUGAACAAAGUGCCAACAACUUCUACCAGCAACAGGCAGAAGGCCAGAAGUUGUACAAGGACCUGAAGAGCUUCCUUAGUGCCGUCAAAGUGAUGCAUGAGAGUUCGAAGAAAGUGUCGGAAACCCUGCAGGAGCUCUACAGCAGCGAGUGGGACGGGCAGGAGGAGCUGAAGGCCAUCGUAGGGAAUAAUGACCUCCUCUGGGAAGACUAUGAAGAGAAGCUGGCUGACCAGGCUGUGAGGACCAUGGAAAACUAUGUGUCCCAGUUCAGUGAGAUUAAGGAGAGAAUCGCCAAGCGGGGCCGGAAACUUGUGGACUAUGACAGUGCCCGUCACCACCUGGAGGCUGUGCAGAAUGCCAAGAAGAAAGAUGAGGCCAAGGCUGCCAAGGCAGAGGAAGAGUUCAAUAAAGCCCAGCUCGUGUUUGAAGACCUGAACCAGGAACUGCUGGAGGAACUACCUAUUCUUUACAACAGUCGUAUCGGCUGUUAUGUGACCAUCUUCCAAAACAUCUCCAACCUGAGGGAUGUGUUCUACAGAGAAAUGAGCAAGCUGAACCACAGUCUCUACGAGGUGAUGAGCAAACUGGAGAAGCAGCAUUCCAACAAGGUCUUUGUGGUGAAGGGCCUGUCGAGCAGCAGCCGGCGCUCUGUAGUCAUCUCCUCCCCGGUGCGAACGUCUGCGACCUCCACUUCGGUCACCUCCCCGACCAGCCCCUCCACCUUUUCCUUGAAGAGCGAGGGGGAGUCCUUCUCGGCAGCCGAAGAAAAGCUGGCGGACCCAACCCCGGGAGCAGACAACUCGGAGAUGGAAGAAGAGCCCUUACCAGAUGAGGAAACGGAGGGGAGCGAGGCCGAAGCGAGCACCUCGGACGAAGAGGAGCCUCUGCCAGCCUGCAAUGGCCCAGCCCCAGCCCAGGCCUCUCCGCCCAUCGAGGGUGGCGAAUCCCAGGAAGACGUCUUCUCCAGCUCCCCACCUCCAUCGCCAGACAGAGAAUUCCUGGCCCCAGCCGGGCAGCCUCCGCCGUCUCCUCCAGAAGUCGUCCUCCGAGCCCGCCCGGCAAGUGAAGGGGCUGAGCAGCCAAAGAAGAGAGCCUCCCUCUCGAGGACCUCGGCGCCCCCCAGCAGGCCGCCCCCACCCAGAGCCACUCCCAGCCCCAGGCUCUCCUCCGGCAACAUGUCCUCCAGCUCGACUGCCCCUCCAGGGGGUUCACCCAGCAGCCCCAGGGCCUCCUUGGGGGCUGAGACCCCCAGUCCUCGGGCCUCUACCCAGGCAUCUCCUGAGCCAGAGCCCCCCGAGAAGCCCAGACGAACUUCGGAGACCAUGGCGAAGGGAGCCCCCGACAGCCUGGAAGCAGCAGAACUUCCCACUGCCUCGUCCACCUUGAGGGCCUCUCAGGGUAUUCCGGAGCCUGGUGAGCCAGGGAAGAUAGAGGACAAAGACGCGAACAGCGAGCUCCCCUCAGCUGGCUCCCCUGAGGGCCACGGUCUUCCAUGUCAAGACUCUGCGGUUGCCGGGGAGGGCGGCACCCCAGCAGCUGAGCCUCAAGGAGAGGCAUCCCCAAGUGAAACGCAACUCUGAAGAGAAAUUGCCAAGACACGCCUCACCCCACCCCAGCUCCCCAGAGAAGCUUCCCAGCAGGCCUUUGGGGUCAGGGUGGUCAGGGGACGUGAGACCUAAGCUCACAGAGUCUGCAUACUGGUGGAGGUCUCUGAAGACCUAGUAUUAAUAGAGGCCGAAGAACAGCUGUGGGAGGGAGGGAAGGAAGCAGGCUUGGGAGAAUAGAGUGUUACACUCAGGGAUAUUUAAUUCAGCUCUUACAUUUGCUUGAAUAGUAAAACUUUAUGGACACAUAUUAAUUAAAAUGGGGCUAUAAUGAUUAUUUGAAAAAAAAGCAUCUAAACAUACUUGUCCACACGGAGACAUGUAACCACACAGACUCAGAGGAGGGUGAACAAGCCUUUGAUUUACCACUCGUUUUGCAAGACUUCAAACUAAAACAAACAGAACCAGAUUGAUAAAUAAAGUAUGAUUCUGA